AUGACACCAGAAUUAGAAGUUUGUAUCAUUGGAGGUGGAAUAGUAGGAGCUUCAACUGCAUUUUACUUGACACAUCCAUCUGAUUCAAAUCAACUUCUUCCAUCAAAAGUGACGAUUGUUGAUUGUUUAGGAAUUGCUAAAUGUGCUUCUGGUUAUAGUGGUGGAUUCAUGGCUAAAGAUUGGCAUGGAACUUCAACUUCUUCUUUAGCUCUUCAUAGUUUUAAAUUACAUCAAGAAUUGGCAGAAAGGUUUAAUGGAAAUCAAAAUUGGGGUUAUAGAAAACUUUCAGCACUUUCAUUAAAACUUAUUCAUCAAACAACAAAACUCAAAAAUGAAGACAAAUUUAAUCAUCAAUCAAAGCUAAUUAAUCCUGAUUGGUUAGAAUCAAGUUUAAAAGUCAUUGAAAAUUCUCAAAUUGGAAAUGAAGAAACUUGUGCACAAGUUCAUCCUAAACUGUUAACUGAAUUUUUGAUUAAGAAAUGUGAAAGUUUAAAGAAUGUUGAAUUUAAAGUGAUCAAAGCUACUGCGAAAUCUAUUUUAUGGGAACCCAUUGCUUCUGAUGAAUCUCUCAAUAAGUCUUCAAGUUCUGUUCGUCGUAAAGGUCGAUUAAUAGCAUUAGAUGAAGAUCAUCAAGAAAUUCAAAUCAACUUUAAUGAACUUGUAUUGGCUGCUGGUCCUUGGUCAGGAGUUCUUGCAAACCAACUCUUUUCAUCUGAUCUCAAUCGACGACUCAAAAGUGUAGAUGGAAUGCGAGCUCAUUCGAUCGUUCUUCGCUCACAAAAGUCAAUUUCACCUCAUGCUCUGUUUACUCAUUUAUUCAUCACCGAUCAUCAGGCUAUCAAACCACAAUGGACUGAACCUGAGUUUUACCCUCGACCAGAUCAUACGAUCUACAUCUGUGGCGCUGGUGAUGACGAACCCUUACCUGCCUUACCAUCUGAAGUAAAAGUAGACAAAAAGGCGAUUUCUAAACUAAAGGCUCAAGCAAAAGCUGUCAUCGAUCCUCAAUACUUGAUAGAUUCGGAUCAAGAAGUGAUUCCAACUUUGGCCGAACAAGCUUGUUAUUUACCUGUGGGUCAAGCAUUGGUGGGUAGACUUUGUCCUGGUGUUUUAGUUGGAACUGGGCUUGGAUGUUGGGGUAUCACACUUGGACCUGGGACUGGUCAUGUAUUGGCUUCUAUGAUCCUUAACGAAUGCUCGGCUGUCUCUAAUCCUGACUUGAGUCAAUUAUCACCGAUAUGAAUGCUCUGUUUGACCUAUGCUCGGUUUAGACAUUAAUGCUUCUUACUGCACCCGAAUACCGUUACUUUCUUCGAUUGUUCAGUGCUUUUACUUUGGGAAGUUUGCAGUGUACAUUGGCCAACGGUCCUGUAAAUCUUCAAUGUAUUCAAAAAUCUUUGCGCAUAUCUAUGUAUAAUAAUAUGUUGUAGUAAUACAAAGCAGAACAAGCAACCUUUUUUUUCCGGC